CAGUAGUCAAGUUUGGAUGAAAUCUUUGAAAAUUCCCGCAAAUCUCCCCCUCUUUUAUCCUUUCACCCUCAACCUUUUUCACACCAGGAACGAACCUUCUGUUUGGUAGGCCAGAAAAUUAGAAACCCGAGAGAAUUUUUUUAUAAACCUUGUUUGGGAUACAGAGACAUAUACCCAUCCCCACAAGUAAAUAACAGCCAUAUCCAUUACCCAUUACUAUAUACAGAUCUAUGAGUCAUCUAUCUUUCUUUCCCAAGAGAAAGAGUGUCAAACCCAAACACCCCGGUUUUCCUCCUUUCAACUCCACCUGAACGAACCCACGAUACAAUACAGCAAGAUCAAGAAUAUGCAUAAUUCAUCAUAGAUAGAGAGAGAGAGAGAGAGGAUGGAGGUGAAACGGAGGACGGCCAAGGCGCUGGUGUCGAAGCUGGGCUCGGUGUCGGACCGGACCCGGACCGAAUCCCUCUGCGAGCUCCGCCUGAUCACCAAGGACGACCCCGACAGCCGCCUUAUCAUCGCCGACCUCGACGCCAUCCCCUACCUCGCCGAGAUCCUCUACUCCCCGUCCCAGCUCCUCCAGGAGAACGCCGCCGCCACCCUCCUCAACCUCUCCAUCUCCUCCCGCGAGGCACUAAUGUCCACGCGCGGCCUCCUCGACGCCCUCUCCCACGCGCUCCGCCACCCCUCCUCCCCCCCCGCCGCCCAGUCCGCCGCCGCCACCCUCUUCUCCCUCCUCACCGUCGACGGGUACCGACCCAUCAUCGGCUCCAAGCGUGACAUCAUCUACGCCCUCAUUGAUAUCAUCAGAAACCCUAGCUCCCCCCCUAGAUCCAUCAAAGACGCCUUAAAAGCCCUAUUUGGAAUCUCUCUGUAUCCCUUGAACAGAUCCACCGUAAUUGAAUUGGGGGCGGUGCCGUGUUUGUUUUCGUUGGUGGUGAAGGAUGGGAGGGUGGGGGUAGUGGAGGACACGACGGCGGUGAUCGCGCAGGUAGCGGGGUGCGAGGAGGCGAGGGAGGCGUUCAGGAAGGUGUCCGGGGUUAGGGUUUUGGUGGAUUUGCUGGAUUGCUCGACGGGGUCGAGUUUCAGGACGAGGGAGAACGCGGUGUCGGGAUUGUUGAAUUUGAUCCAGUGUGGAGGGGAGCAGGUGGCGAAUUGUGUGAGGGAGACAGGGGUUGGGAUUUGGGAAGGGAUCGGGGAGGUGGCAGAGAACGGGAGCGCGAAAGGGAAGGGGAAGGCGGUUGCGCUGCUGAAGGUUCUUGACGCAGGCAGCUCGGUUUUGGGAGACCCACGGUUUGAUUCUUUGUCGAGUGAUUCUUCGUGAUUGUGGCGGUUGCAAUUGUGUUGUCUAGAUGUGUUUGUGAUGUGGUUAGUUUUUAGGUUAGCUUUCUGAUGGAUUGCAACUGGAUGAUUUAGAGGUUUUUUGGUUUUCGUGCUGUGAUGUGUUGUACAAAAUAGGGUGUUGAGUCUUACUGAUUUAGAUAUCAAGAUGAUGUGUAUUACCUGAUGUUUAACUUUCAAUGUUACUGAUGCAUGGAAUAUAGUAGAAAAGCUUCAUUGGAA